AAGUCCAAGGCGGCGCCCGCCGACGACAAUCUCGACGAGCUCUUCUCGGGCAUUGGCGACGAGUCCAAGUCCAAGAAACCAUCCAAGAAGCCUACGUCUGCUGCCGCCAAGGCAAUUGGCAAUGACGAUAUCCUUGCCGACCUUGAAUCCGAGCUUGCUCCUUCGCCCGCGUCUCGCCCGCACACGCCUCGCCUCAAGGAGACCAUCGCCAGACGCUCAACGGCAACCCCCCCUGCUGGCGAGGACAAGGCAGCCGCUGCACGCAAAUCUACCGACAGCUCUCGGAGCCUUCGAGCUAGCUUCACCCCCAGCGCUACAAGCUCUGAGCCCUAUGAAUCCGACAAGAGGCCCGUCGAACAAGCGCAGUCUCAGCAAUCUGGAGGCGGAUGGUGGGGUGGCAUCCUCUCGACUGCGACCGGGGUCAUGAAGCAGGCCGAGGCUGCCUACAAUCAGAUCCAACAGAACGAGGAGGCACAGAAGUGGGCAGAGCAGGUCAAGGGCUUGAGAAGCGGCAUUGAUGUCAAUACACUGAGGAGCUAUGGCGACGAGAUUCGCAACCGCGCUCUGCCAACCUUAUCCAACAUCAUCAACACCAUCGCGCCUCCUAUCGGCUCCCACGAACGCCUUCUCAUUCACAUUACCCACGACCUGGUCGGAUACCCCUCUCUCGACCCUCUGAUUUAUGACGUCUUUUCCGAUGUCAUGCAGCAGGUGGAAGGCGGUGAGCUCAAGGUUGUCCAGAGGGGUCACGAAAACGGCCUAUCGCGGUCUCACGAUACCACUGCCGGCUGGGAUGACGGUCCUUGGUGGAGACAGGUUGACCAGGCUCGCGAGUUGGGUGUUGUGAAAGGCCUUGUCGAGGGCACAAAGCUUUGCCGCGUCAAUGCAGAGUCAUAUGCGACCGAAUACUUUGCUACCCAGGGAGGCGUCGAAGCCGUCAAGACACAGGCGAGAUCGGGCAUCACUGAGCCUGGUUCCGUCCGGACAUCGGACUUGUUCCUGUCUGUCCAGGCCAUUGUCACUGACCACGACAAGGCCCUUUUCGGUCGAACUGCGGCGGCCACAAAGGAGAAGGAGUCUGCGGAUGCUGAAGAGGAGAAUGAAGAGGAGUUCCGCUUUGCCAUCUUCAUCGUUGACCCGGUUCACGAGAUUGAAUAUGGCACCACCAGCCAGCCCAUUCCCGCAAAGUGGGCGCGUUGGCUCGAGGCUCCCCGUCCCUUGACCCCUCAGUCGGGAGAUGACGUCCCCGGAUCUCUGCAUAACCGUGUCCAUGAGGACAUCCGGGGUAUUGUCGAGUCGGGCGAGCUUGAUCCUAGGGAGUGGGUGGCGGCUUGGAUAAAGGAGUCUCUUGUACUCUCUGCCGGCACUGUGGCACAGUGGUACGUUGCUAGACGUAUGCAGGUUGGCGUC